AUUGGGAACACCAGGAGAGGAUCCCUCAGUUCAUAAAUAGGCUUCCAGUUUAUACAUCAGCUGCUUGUGUGAGUUGGUGUCCCGGCCUAAGUGACUCCCCCACCCCAGUCCGCAGGAAAGCCUGACUGUGAGAGCCCAAAGGCUGAGCCCCCUUCCAGUGCGGCGUCCCCUGUGAGGACAUCGGAUCAGCCGGACUAAUGGCUCUGCUCCGACUUCUGGUGUUCUGCGCCCUGGCUGCAUGCUGCGUGGCUCGUUCUGUUCCCGGGCAACCUUUCCCGAAGCCUCCCAGCUCCUAUCUUCUGCAUCCCCGGAACUGUAAUGACUCUGAUGUGCUGGCAGUUGCGGGCUUCGCCAUGCAGAACAUCAACACAGACCAAAAGGAUGGCUAUGUGCUGAGUCUCUCCCGAGUACAUGACGCUCGGGAGCACUUCCAGGAGGACAUGGGCUCCCUGUUCUACCUCACAUUGGAUGUCUUAGAAACUGGCUGCCACGUGCUCAGCAAGAAGGCGUGGAAGGACUGCAGUCCAAGGAUCUUGCACGAGUCCGUUUAUGGCCAAUGCAAAGCAAUGUUUCACAUUAACAAGCCAAGAAGAGUUCUCUAUUUACUUGCUUAUAACUGUACUCUUCGCCCAGUUUCUCGAAGACAGAUUAAUACCAUAUGUCCUGACUGCCCGGGCCCCAUUGGCUUGUCGGACCCCACAGUUAUGGAAGCUGCCACGGAGUCACUUGCAAAAUUCAACAGUGAGAACCCCUCAAAACAAUACUCAGUCGUCAAAGUCACCAGGGUUACUGGCCAGUGGGUGUUCGGCCCUGCUUACUUUGUGGAUUAUUUGAUCAAAGAGUCACCAUGUACUGAAUCCCAGGCCAGUUGUUCGCUCCAGCCCUCUGACUCUGAGCCCGUCGGUCUUUGCCACGGUUCUCUGUCUAAAGAUUCCUUAGGAAAAAAGUUUGUCUCUGUGAAUUGUGAGUUUUUCGAAUCUAAGGCACAGGGCCCAGAAGGUGAGAACCCUGCUGUUAGCCAGGAGUCCAAGAAACUUCCUCAGAAAAACGCAGGCCCCUCCAGCUCCCCCUCUGUAACUGCGCCAAGAGGAUCUGUCCAGCACCUCCCUGACCUGGACGUUGAGAAGCCCGGAGACACCAAGGAUGCAGAAGGCACCAAGAGUCCGGUAGAAGCCUUCCCCGUGCAGCUGGAUCUAACCACGAAUCCCCAAGGGGACACAGUGGAUGUUUCCUUCCUCUACCUGGAGCCUGAGGAGAAGAAACUGGAGGUGCUGCCUUUUCCUGGAGAGGAACGGCGCUCUGCUGAGUGCCCAGGGCCUGCAAAGGGGACCAACCCUCUGAUCCUCCCACCCUGAGAAUCACAUACAGGGCCCCCCAUAGGGAUGUGGUCCCUGAGCCAGAUGAGAGGUGGUGGGAAUGAGGAGACAGAUGAUCAUAUGUUGAAAGGCUAAUAAAACGCAUCUUAUUAUUGCUUCUUGA